AAGGAAAAAAAAGGCAGAAGAAGUGUGUGCAUGAGCAAAGAAGAGAUCACCCUGGAAUUUCUUUGAGGGUGAGAGCUGGAGUCAGCCAGCUCCUCCGCUCUCCCAGUGUCAAGUGUAGUCAGACCACGGAAUUGAGCUGGGAGGUGAUGUCUCUCUGCUGUUGUAGAUGCACCUUGGGAAUGAGGACACCUGCUUCUUUUUUGUCUUGAAGAUGUCUUGAAGUUGAGCAGUCUCGCCUGUCUUACUGACACUGAAAAAGUGGGUCAAGACUAUGUUGCUCGCAGAUCUUUUGCUUGUGGUUUUUAAAAUCAUUUUGGUCGGUCUGUCAGCUGAGAAGCUCUGGAGCUGUCCCAGAGGAUACCAAAUGCAGAGGGAAAAUUCCUCUUGCGUAGAUCCUACACCAUUCCUAGUUUUCAGCCAAGGACAUGCAAUCUUUAGAAUAGACACUGAGGGAACCAAUCACAAAAGACUGGUGGCUGAUGCUGGCUUAUCAACAUUAAUGGAUUUUCAUUAUGAAGAAGAUUUCCUUUAUUGGGUGGACACUGAAGAAGGUCUCUUCCGGCGAGUAUACCUGAAUGGUUCAAAUCAACAGACAAUUUGCCACAUAGAAAAAGAUGUUUCUGGAUUUGCAGUGGAUUGGAUAAACCACAACUUUUACUUCACUCACUACCAGAAGGCCACAAUUGAGGCAGUUGACAUGGAUGGAAACCAUUCCCAAAUCAUCAUAAAUGAUGGACACCAUCCCACAAAUAUUGUGGUUGAUCCAAACAGAAGGUUUUUAUUUUGGUCCUCUGAAGGAGCCACUGACAGCAUCUACAGAGCAGUUCUGAAUGGGAAAGACGUGUGGAGACUUCUGAGGAGCACAGGAAAAAUCAGAAGUAUCUCACUUGAUCUUAUUGAUCUGAAGCUCUUCUGGAUCCACUAUGAUGCCAAUGAUGAAGUUACACAUAUUGCAAGCUGUGACUACAAUGCUAGUUCUGUUCAUUUGCACAAAUACAUAGUACGAAACCAACUUUCCGACAUAUUCCUCUUUGCUGACCACAUGUACUAUUCUGACUCAACCACUGGUAGUAUUUGGAGAGCCAAUAAAUAUACAGGAAUGGAUAUAGUUGCAAUUAACCUUCAGCUGUCACUUCUCCCACCUGCUGAAAUACUGGUAGUGCACCCAUUAAAACAGCUCAGCUUAAAGAUGAGUUCCAAAACAUUUGAAAGAAGGCCGUGUCUUUCAACUCGAAAAAGCUGCAAGACAAGUACCUGCAAGCGAGACCCCAAAAGCAGUCUUUGCAAAUGUAUGAGUGGGUUUACCUUAAGCAAAACAAAGCAAUAUUGCGAAGAUGUCAAUGAAUGUGCAUUUUGGAACCAUGGAUGUACCUUAGGUUGUGUCAAUGUCCCAGGCUCCUAUUAUUGUACAUGUCCAAGAAAUUUUGUUCUACUGUCUGACAAGAAAACUUGCCACGAACUAAUUCCAUGUCCAAGCAGUUACAGUCAUUGCAGCCAUGGUUGUGGGCAGACAGUGAAGGGGCCUGUUUGCUUUUGCCCUGAAGGAUCAGUUCUCCAAGCAGAUGGAAGAACAUGCACAGGUUGUUCUUCUCCUGAUAAUGGUGGUUGCAGCCACAUUUGUGUCUCUCUGAGUCCAUUAACUUGGGCAUGUGAUUGCUUUCCUGGCUAUAAUCUCCAGGAGGACAAAAGACACUGUACUGCUGCAGGGCCGAAGCCAUUUCUGUUGUUUGCACAGAGCCGAGAGAUCCGCCGUAUUGGUUUUGAUGGAACAGAUUACUCAAAUUUACUCGAGUGGCAGAUGGGAAUAGUCUUAGCUCUUGACUAUGACCCUGUUGAAAAUAAGAUUUAUUUUGCUCACACAGCCUUGAAGUGGAUAGAGAGAACUAAUCUGGAUGGCUCAGAUCGUGAAAAUGUUAUCCACGAAGCAAUGGAGAAACCUGAAGGACUCGCCAUCGACUGGAUUAACCGCAAAUUGUAUUGGACUGACCGGGGGAAGUCCCAAAUUGAAAGUAGCAAUCUGAAUGGAAUGCAGAGGAAAAUAAUUAUCUGGGAAGACGUGUCUCAGCCUUGGGGAAUUGCUGUCCAUCCAUUCACUGAGCAACUAUUUUGGACAGACCUAGGGAUUAAUCCACGGAUUGAAAGGUCUUCCUUACAAGGCUUCGAUCGUCUCAUUAUAGUAGAUUCCGAUUUGCUUUGGCCCAGCGGAAUAACGAUUGACUACUUUGCUGACAAGCUAUACUGGUGUGAUGCAAAAAAGGCUGCUAUUGAGACUUCAAAUCUGGAUGGUUCUGAACGGAAAAUACUCACACAGAAUGAUGUAGGCCAUCCAUUUGACAUAACAGUGUUUGAGGAUCACAUUUGGAUCUCUGACUGGGCAAGGCCUUCGUUGCUGAGAAUGGACAAGAAGACUGGCCUAAAUAGGGUCCGACUUGGAGGGAGCAUGUUGAGACCCUCGUCAUUGAUCGUCAUUCACCCCUUAGCAAAACCAGGUUGCAGAAUCACAUCCAAGGCAGGAGUGCUGACUAACAAGACAUUAUUAGCCCUGAAAACACUCCACCAGCAUCCUCUGAGUCAAAGUUCAUACGGCGAUAGCAGAGGAGAUGCACAACAGAUGAAACCGAUGCUGACUGCUGAAAUCGUGGUGUCUAACCAGGACAAUUGCAUAUGGUUGGGAUGUGAUAUCAACGCCCAGUGCAUUUUGAAUGAAGAUGGCACUACAUGUCAAUGCCAGGCAGGGUUCGUCAUGGAAGGCCAACUGUGCUAUGAUGUUGAUGAGUGUGCUGUCGGCAUAGACACAUGCGAUCGGAGCCUGUCGACGUGUAUCAAUACUGAAGGCAGCUACUUUUGUGAGUGCCUUGUGGGAUAUACGGGAGACGGGCUUCGCUGCUCUGAACUUGCCAUGUCUCCUACCACUGCAAUACGCGAUGAGUCCACCAUAUCCGAGCAAGAAAGUUCUGCUGGCUGCCCUCCAUCUUACUGUCUCCAUGAGGGAGUCUGUGUUUAUUUUUUUGAUCUGCAAGCUUUUGCAUGCAACUGUCCAAAAGGCUACCUGGGAGAGCGCUGCCAGUUCAGUGACUUAGAGUGGUGGGAGCAGCAGCAAGUGAUGCAAAGAAACAACCAGAACAUGGUCACUGCAGCUUGCUUGGGCAUGUUGCUCCUGGCCUUCCUCUUUGGAGUUGCCGCUCUCUACUGCUACAGUAGACACGGGAGGCUUUUCAAGAAGGAGCCAUACAUAGAAUCAACACAAGAUACUAGCAGCAGCAGUGCUGACAGCAGGAACAUGAAGCUCCCCAGCAACGAGUCGCUGUUCAUUGUAAUGGCAUGCGAUGGCAACAGUGAAGGGAGACCCACUGAUGGAACAGACUGCGAUACGAAAGAUCUCGAUUAUUUCUGCCUUUCAGAACCCUGCACAGAGAGAGAAGGAUGUGAUAAGAUGCCUCUCCAGCAGCUGCAUACCCUUAGGCUGGAUGCAGACUAAUGCAAGCUAUGGGAGAGACAGAGUUUUGACCUUUGCUCUGAUCCCAAUUAUGUUAUUUAUAUAUCUAAGAAGAAGAACCUAUGCUUGAAUAUGUAUAUCCUUUAUACAGCUUUCUGGGUGUAUCAGUGAUGGUUUUUGUACCUGUUUUGAAAAAGUUCUGGUUAGUAAAGCUUUGAAUAAUAUUUAUGGGUCUGGGCAAUUUUUAUUCCAAAAGGACUCAGUUUUUAUGCAUCCAGUUGCUUCAAGUUGUACAAUAUUAAUAUCUGCAAUAUUGCAUCACACCAGCUCUCAGAACUGCCAUUCCUGUCUAUUUCUGGAGCCAUUUGCACACUUGUUGGAUACAUAAGAAAAACUAGAUCAGACUGAAGGCCCAUCUAGUC